AUGAUCCAGCAGGGCGUUUCGAGCCUGCGGAGGAGAUGGUGCUCCGGUGCCCGCCCGGAUGGAGGAGUAGUAGCAGAACCUGGCGAUAACACGGUGGCUCGCGAAAGGGCGGCAACAGCAAAGGCCGGAGCGGCAAGUGCGGUCCCACGGGCGGGCGCACCUUGCCGGACGUGCGACUUUGAGGGCUCGGGACCGGCAGCGGGCGCAGCCGCAACAGCAACAGCAGCGACGGCGCCAUUUGCCACAGGAGCAACGGGAGGUUCAGCAGGGGCAACAGCAGUUGCGGCAGAAGCAGGAGCCGAUGGACAAGGCGUACAACCGGGUGCGCAGCAUGUUGGAUCUCCCGUGCAUGCGCGAUCAGGUGCUGUUGGUGGAAUACCUGGCGAAGUCGCGCGAGCGGUUGGAGCAGGAGCAGUUGGAGCGGAAUCGAAUUCCGAUCGCCCGGAUGCUGCGGAUGCUGCGGCAGGACCGGGAGAAAUAGGCGAAGCAGGAACAGGAGCGGUUGGAGCGGGAGAAACUGCGGCAGUAGGACCGGGAGAAGAAGGCGAAGCAGGAGUAGGAGAAACGGGAGCGGAAAUAGCUACAGCGGCAGGAGCGGGAGCGGGAGAGGAACCAGCAGCGGCGGCGGCGGCAGCAGGAGGCGGAGGAGCAGGCGAAAGCGCAACAGCAGCGUUUGGAUCGGCUGUUGAACCAGGGCUACCAGAAGCUGCUGGAGCGGGAGCGGGAGCGGGAGCGGGAGCGGGAGCAGGAGCAGCAGAGCACGAGCGGGAGCAGAAUGAGAGGAACAAGGCGCAGCAGCAGCGGGGAGCAUUAUUUUACGUGCGUCGGUGGCGUCGGGAGUGGGAACAGAAGCGAGACCGGCCACAGAGGGCGGACGACCACGCGAAGUCGCAGGAGGGGUCGCAACACCAGCAGCAGACCCCACAAGAGAAGCGGGAGAAGCAACAGCACCGGCAACAGCACCAAGGGCAGUGGCGGGAGCAGAAAAAGCUGAGGAGGACGCAGCAGGAGCAGGAGUGGGAGGGGAAGAAGAAGCGGAAGAUGAAGGCGCUGCCGGGCUACCAGUACGUGCUUCAGCGGGAGCAGGAGCUGGAGCAGCUGAAGCUGCGACAGCAAGAGCAGGAACGGGAGAGGAGGAGGAAGAAGAAGGCGGCGAAAGAGCGGGAAGGCAGUUGUCGGCGGCGGCGAAAGAGGGAACAGGAGCGGGACCGGCGAGCCCAGGCAAAGUUGCAGCAGGAGCGGCAACACUGGGAGAACGACGACGCGAAGUCGCAGGAGGGGUUGCAAUACCGGCAGCAGACCCCACAAAAGAAGCGGGGGCAGCGGCACCAGCAGCAGGAGCAGCAGCAGCGGCAAGGUCUAGCAUCUCUCGGUAAUUCUCAUGCCGUGAGGAAUGCGUCGGAGACACCGCCCCCGCGCCCAGGCCGUGACUCUGGCGCUACUUCGGGAACGCCCACCGAGCGCCGAAAGGGCACGACCUCGGCGCCGACCAAGACGGUCAAGCGGGCUCUUCGCAUGGCGGGCACGGAGGCCGAAGCGCGCCGCAUCACCCUAUCGGCAGAGCUCCGCACCGACAGAGACGUUCCGGGGUCCUCCACAGGGUUGCCGCAGCAACACAUGCGCGAGAGGGUGGAGCACACGCUCGACUUCUUGUGCUUCCCUGAAGCGAGCGGCCUCGGACGCAGGAGGCGGAUGGGCUCCGGUAAGAAGGUCAGCAAGACUAUCUUCUGGGCGUACGUUGGGGCCAUCGCCCGGCCAAGGAAACUGGCCAACGCGGACGCGGUUCCUGGAAGUGCGGAGAAGCGGCAGGGGUGCAACACCGGUGGUGCCGUACCCGCUCCUCGCGUCUCCUCGCCACGCGGGCAGGAACAGCGGGAGGCGCUAGGGCAGCACAGGCGACAAGAACGGGGGAUUCCACAGACGACCGUCGAGGCGAGGCCGCUGCCUGACCUGACGCGGGGUGAAACGUUCAAGGUGGAGCACCCGCCGAAGAGUUCGUCGGGCGAGUUCUCCAUGGGAAGCGACGCGACGAGGCACGAGACACAAUCGUCGUUGGUCAAGCCGACCUCCGGCGGCGGCAAGACCGUCAAUGCGCUCCCGUUCCUGCCGAUUCCGCCGGUGGGACCAUUGGCAGGACGAAGGGCAGGGGCUUCGGGAGCAUUGGACCCGAUCCACGGAACGGUUGCUGCAAUUACUGCCGCCGCUUCGGCCGUUCCCGUGGCGGCCGGGAUCGAUGAGGGAGCAAACGACGGGGCGGGAUUUUCUCCCACGAACAAGACGUCCGUGGCGUGUACGGCUGAUACCCCCCAGUUGAAAUUUACGUCUACACGACCUGACAAAGACUUCCGUUCCCGUGCCCUCGACUCUACUUUCGUCCUUGUGUAUUCCAUCGCCAACACUCAACCUCGCGACUUGGGCUCCCGCUCCCGCCAGGAGUACGAGGAGCUGUUCGCCGCACAAGAAGCCCAGAUCCUCCGCAACCGACCGGCCACCAAGACCGCCCCCCCCCCGCCUGACACUACCGUUGGCGACACACGAAGCUCAUCGACCGACGCGCCCGUUACGCCCAAGACAGAGCAGCCGUUCGAACGGGUGAAGCAAGGGAAAUGA